GGAAGGCUCCGCGGCCGCCCCAUCCUGGGAUUCGGGAUCUAGGGAUGAGCUCCAGCGCCCAGCACCCAAACCCCCCACCCUGGCUGAAUUCCUGCCCCAGCAGAAGCCCCGGGGCCGGGGCCUGGGGGCCAAGUCCUACAGCAUGCACGACAACCGAUGGGAGGAGAAGGAGCCGGCAGAAGCACCUGCAACCGAGAGCUGGGAGACAGAGGAGACACCAACCAGGACCCCCCUGGACCCCCCCCAUUCCCUGAGCCAGGAGGAAGAGGAGGAGGAGGAGGAGGAAGAGCAAUGGGAGGAUGUGAGCGAAGAGGAUGAAGAUGAGGAAGAUGGCAGCGAGGAGGAAGAGGAAGAGGAGGAGGAUGCAGGCACCACAGAGCCACUGAGCAAGGAGGAACCCCCCUCCAGGCUGAGCCCCCUGGAGCCCCCCCCGAGGGAUGAAGCAAGGCCCAAUGCGGAGCAGGAGGAGGAGGAUGGGAUGAGAGGCUCCGCGGACGCGGCUCCGGGCUCCGUGGAGAUCACGGGCUUCCACCGGGACCACCGCUCUCUCCCACCCUGA